CCCUGAUGCAUUUUUAACAGCUCAGCAGGGGAUGGGAACAGUUUGGUUGGGACAGUUUGUUCACAGAAAGAGUGACGCAAGUGAGCAGGGAAACCCUUCUAUCCGUCCCAGUUUAAUUGGAAGACACUGCUGAGUUGUACCAGUAAAAUAGGAUGCCAGGAGCCAGUGGCGUCAACGCUGAGGGCUCUUGUGAGGCCCUGUGUCGAACCCUGGUCUCCCAGAACGGCCUCCAGAGAGAGACAGCCGACAUCUCCCAGUCGGUUCUCUACACCUCACUGAUGGGCUUGCUUCUGGUCGCUGACAACGAGAAAGAGCAUCUGUCCUUAGGAAGUGGAAGGUUUGGCCUUAGAAACAUAGGAAACACAUGUUUCCUGAACGCAGUAGUCCAAUGUUUGUCUCACACACGUAGCCUCAGGGACUACAGCCUCCUCAUGUCCUAUCGGGAUGAGAAGUUCUCCAAAGAGGAGGCUCGGCUCAUGGAAGCUUUCUCUCAGGUGCUGUCCGGCCUUUGGGAUGUAAAUGACGGGGACACAGUUGUAAACCCACGACAGUUUUACAGUAUAUUUAAAGAAGCCGUGCCUUACUUCAGUGGUUACAGUCAACAGGAUGCGCAGGAGUUCCUCAGGUUCCUCUUGGACAAGCUGCACACAGAAAUCAACCGCAGACCCUACAUCCGACGAACCGGGAAGGAGCCCGAACUGACAUUUGCCAGAUUUAGGAUUUCGGAGGAGGCAGCGGCCAUGUGGAAGAAGCACUUGGAGAGAGAUGACAGCAGAAUAGUCGACCUGUUCUCAGGCCAGCUGAGGAGCUCGCUGCACUGCUCCGUGUGCUCCCACGACUCCAACACAUUCGAUGUGUUCUGUGAUCUGUCGCUGCCCAUCCCCAAGAGGAGCUCUGUUGGGGCGGUCACGCUGAGGGAGUGCCUGGACCUCUUCUCUCAGGAGGAGGAACUGGAAAAAGAAAACUCACCAAUGUGCGAGAGGUGUAACAGGCACACAGAGUGCACCAAGCGGCUUUCCAUCCAGAGGUUUCCCCAGGUUAUUGUGAUCCAUCUGAACCGUUUCACGACGUCACGGUGGUCCAUCAGUAAAAGUACCGUGUACGUGUCCUUCCCACUCACUGACCUGGACCUCGGACGCUACGGGCCCGUCGACUGUGGCCCAGUGCUGUAUGAUUUAUAUGCAAUAUGUAACCACACUGGGACGGUGAACAUGGGCCACUACACAGCCUGCUGUUCAGACGAAAAUGGUUGGUGUUUCUACAAUGACUCGAGUGUGACUCCAGUCUCGGAGAACCAGCUUCAGACCAAUCAAGCAUAUGUGCUGUUCUACCAGCGCAGCAACAGCACCACCAUCGUCAGGAAAUAGAGCUGAGACUGGCUGAGCCAAGCAGCCAAUCGGAGCAUCUGUACCUGCAGUGUCCAUAGAAACUAAUAGAAGCAGCAGUGCUGUAACUCUUGCAUCUAUGAACAGCUCAAUCUGAGUGAGAAUGCCUUCAAAUAAACUCUAAAGAGGAGAGGGAAGCCAUGCUCACUUUAAAGGGAGCUUGAAGAGGGGAUCUCCUCUUCUGAAUCAUGGAGAUGCUUUUGAAGAGUCUCAGUGAGAGUUGAGACUGUAAUGCAGUACAGCCUUAAGAGUCUCUGUGCCAUACUUCUCAGGCAGGAGUGAGCUGUGAACUUGCACAUAAAGGGCUCUUAAUGUAAGAUAAUUGUGACUCAUGCUUGCGAUUCAACACAAACCCAAAUAUACAAAGCUAAAUCUUGGGUGAAAUGGAAAUUGAUGGAAAAAUGAUGACUCAAUUGUGAUAUAGGAUUUCAUUUUAAGCUAAAGUUGAAAUUGUCUAGUACUUCGACUCAACAUGUAAAUAUCUGUAGCCAAUACUAUAUGCUGUCAUUUAGUGUUAAUCUCCCUCCACUAUUUAGCCAUGAACACAUGUAAAUGGGCUAUAUAUUUUCCCUCUACCUAAAUUAUAAUUUCAAUGUAUAAAUUCGUAUGUACAAAUAAAUAUGUUUUUUAUAUUUGGGCUUACAACUUACACAAUUGAAAGCGUAUUGCAUUAUUGAAAGCUUAAUAAAUAAAAGACACAUGAAGUCUGA